CGGGUCGGGCGUGUGGCUGUGAGCGCGGCGGGCACAAGGCCGGCGCAACUCUGUUCGCGGAUCGCGCGCGGCAUGGCCUUGGCACGGAGCAUGUGCUGCGGCUGGGGCGGGGACGGCUUGCGGGUUUGUUGUUGCGGCCAAGUGUUGGAUCGACGGAGCGUUGGAUCGAUGGAGUGUUGAACUGGUUGAGUGUUGAAGUGUUGAACUGGUUGGCACUGGUGGGUGCUGGGCCGAAGCGCAUGUUGUCUCGACAAUGGCGAAUUACUCGUGGCAUGGCCUUGUGGCCAUGCCCAGUUAUCCUUGCAGUUGUCCCCGCAGUUCACGGCCGUUCUUGGCCGGGCUGUGGCCUCCAGGCUCUUGUUUCAGCCGAUGCCAAGACGGCCUUGGUGUCCUUGGUGUCGUUGCCAAGGAUCUGCAAUGGCCGACCGGCGAUUCCAGCGAGCCAGCAGUGCACCAGCAAUGCACCAGCAGCGCGGGUUCUGGGAAAGAAGCAUCGACACAUUGCUUUUUACACUGGCAUGCCGUUCGCAGCCAAAGCCCGAGAACACUCCGGGGGCACCAUCGCUGCAGAUCAGACGGACAGAAAUCUCGAACCACGAGAUGCCGUCCCGAGGCCGCACCGGCGACGAGGCACAUCCCGGAAACCGCCAGAGGGUUGUUCUCGCUCUUGUCUCAGCGACCCUGCGUUCCCGCUCAUCGAGGCGUCAUCUGGAAUAUCAUCGCCCCAAGAUUAAGACUUUGGAGCAGCACCAUCGCUCGCCAAAGCCCAGAUCCGACCUGCUUGUGUGCUCGCUCGUCUGGCGGUUUGGGCGGUCCAUUGUCCCCGGCAAUCACCCUGGCCCUGGAUUACACACGCGAUGCACCC